CUUCACCAAAUUCGCUUUCUCUCCCUUGUCUCUCUCCCUCUCUCGUUGCGGCGACACCUCCGCUUCCGCCGCCCGAGCAGACGCCGAAGCCAACAACCGCCGUCCGCCGGGGACGCGAGGGAUUGAUUCGGGGAUGGCGUCGACGAGCUCCGCCGGAGACGCGGGCGGCUCAGGGUCAAAAGGUGUGGUUCCAGAUGAAACUCUUACCAGUUCUGCAAAUGCCAGUAGCUCACAUCAAGAGUCUCAUGAUGUUGGCACAAAAUCACGUGUGGAGGAUAUUUGGAAGAAAAUGAACAGUGGAUUACCUAAUAAGAUGCCCACACCUAUGAUGACCAAGUUCAGUAAUACAGCAAAAGAAAAGAAAAAUAAGCCAACAAAUAAGAAUUGGAUGACUGUUCUAGGCCUUUCGCCUAGUAAUGCUUCUACUGCCAAUCAAAGCCCCCAAAAUGGGCAGCAACAGGCACAACAUGAAACGAGUGAGGAUGCCAAAAAACUUGCAGCAGCUGCCCUUGUAGCUGCCAAAAAUGCUGCUGCUGUGGCAUCUGGAAGAGGGAAAGUGGAGAUCACUGAGGUAAGGGACUUUGCUGGCAAGGACAUUGAAAUCAAGAAAUUGGUUGAUGCUAAUUCCAAGGAGGCAAUCGAGAAGGCUAAGGCAGGCGGUGCUGCCCCCUCCGCUGUCGACAACAUCCUCGAGCAGAUACGUAAGAAGCAGAAGCUGAGUGUCCUGGACAAGACGAAGAAAGACUGGGGAGAGUACAAGGAAGAGAAGGGCGUGGAGGAGGAGCUUGACGCCUACAAGAAGAGCUCGAACCAGUACCUCGACAAGCAAUCGUUCCUGCAGCGAGCCGAUUACCGUGAGUUUGAGCGCGAGCGGGAUGCUCGGCUGUCCAUGAUGGCUAAACGGAAAACUGAUAUGCGUGAGGAUAAUGCGUAGGCUUGGAAUGUGCCGACUUUGGAAAGAUCUUUCUCCACUGCUCUGUUGUCGACAUUCUUUUGAGAUAAUGAUAGACACUAAUUUCUCAAUUGCAUUGCAGUCCCAUUCGAUCUGUUGUUUUUCC